GCGUAAAAAACAUGUGUUUGAUAAUGGUAUUGCUGGCGACACCAAUAGUGAAUUCACUGCGAAUCGCAGAAGGUAAGUUUUGUGGUCGCCUCCGACUGCAACGAUGAAGCAUCCACGAACGAACUGGAGCGACAAUAUCCUCACAUUGUUGGCUGCUUAUAUUCGGUGUUUUCAACUAUAUAUUUGUAGCCGCCUUCGGGUUUACACCGGUUCCCGAGCGACUGAGUCUGUGGAAUUACAUCAUUUAUUUCUCUUGUACACAAAUCGUCAGAUUUAAUCCUGUUUGUGGCAAACCACAAUAUGCAUCGCUACAAUCCAUAGGGAAGACUCUCAUGACGCUUGCUCGUGAUAUUGCGCUCGCUUGUUUGAUACUCUCCGUGUUGAAGCCGUACAAUUUUGAAGUCUUCGAUACUGGUCGCGAGGUUCAUUCUAUGGACCACGAUCUAAACGAUUUAUUUUGUUGGAAACACUUGUUGAAUAACUAUCUUGUCGCAUGUGAGUAAAAUGUGUAUCGCGGAUCCAAUCCUGUCCUGAUCGCUUUUCAUAACACGAGCUCAUAAAAGCUAUGCGCGAUCCAGUUUUGAUCAGCACCACUGUGUCUMAAGGUUCCAUCGCGGUGGCCGCAGUCUACAACAUUUUCUAUAGGGUUGAAACCCAUGAAAUGGUAUUGAACCCAAUGUUAAAAUCGAAGUCGCCUUCCGAUUUCUGGGGACGACGUUGGAAUAUGAUGGUUCAUAAAGGACUGAAAAAUGGAGUAUACAAACCAACACGAAAGCAAACAUCCUCUCGAGUAGCAGGUGUUUUCGCGACAUUCGUCGUUUCGGGAAUCCUUCACGAAUACGUGAAUUAUAUCAUGUUCCUAGACCGCAACAAUGGCAAUAUUACCCCUUAUCGAUUUCGAUGGAAGCAAAUGCUUUUUUUUGGCUGGAAUGGAAUUCUAAUUAUCCUCGAAUAUUGCAUCGGAAAUUGGAACAUUUUCAAGUGGAUGUCGAAGAAUCUGCCACAAGUUGUAGUGUCGACCCUAGUCAUAUCCGCUGCCUUGCCAUUAGUUCACCUUUUUACAGGAGAUUGGAUACUGUAUGGAUAUUUUGACAAUGUAURCAGUAUGGAGUUUGUUGUUCUUUGCAACACGUAAGAAGGUAGACUUUAGAAGGUAGAC